AUGGGUCUCAGCAGGAAAAUCGACCGUGCCUUCCAAUGGGCUGGGGAGAAGGUCGGCGGCGAAAAGACCGCUCAUUCGGAUGAGUUCAAGAACCUCGAGACCGAGAUGACCCUGCGCCAUGAGGGCAUGGAGAAGCUCCAAAAGUCCACCAAUGGAUACGUCAAGUGGAUUUCCCGCCGCGGCGAGGCUCCCGAGGACAAGGAGAAGGCUGUGCCCAUUGGUUUCGUCGGACGCAUGAUGGUUACUCACGGCGAGGACUUUGAGCCAGACUCGGAGUUCGGCAACGGAUUGAUUGCUGUUGGUCGUGCCAAUGAGCGCAUUGCCGAGACCCAGGAAGCCUAUGCUGCGGAAGUCAACCAGAACUGGCUCGAGGCCAUUGAGCGAUCCCUCGCCAUGAUGAAGGAGUACCAGGGCGCCCGCAAGAAGCACGAGUCCCGCCGUUUGGCCUACGAUGCCAGUAUCAGCAAGAUGAACAAGGCCAAGCGUGACGAUUACCGCAUCGAGGAGGAGAUGCGCUCCAACCGUGCCAAAUUUGAGGAGAGCGGCGAGGAUGUUAUGCGCCGUAUGCAGGACAUCAAGGAAGCUGAGGCUGACAACGUUCGCGACCUCUCCAACUUCCUCGACGCCGAGCUCGAGUACCACGAGCGUUGCGCCGAGGAGCUGCGUCGGGUCAGACAGGCGUGGGCUACCAAUGUCAGCCAGACGUCACCAAACCGUCUGGACCGCAUCAGCUCAAUUGAGCGCCGCCCGACAGGCCGCAGCCGUGCCAACACGGCGCGCUCCUUCAAUGACUACGCCCCUCGCAACCAGAUUUACGAGGAGCAAGAGCCUGAGCCAGAGGCGCAGCCCGUCCGCAUGCCGUUCCGGUCUAUGCGCUCCGAGCAGCGUUUCGCAUCAACACCAGAGCCUCCCGCGCGCCCCUCAUUUGGUCGCUCGCAGACCUUCCAGGGGCCAGCAAGUGAGCGUCGCGCAUCCGCGAUCCCUAGCAUGCCCAGCAUCAGCGCGCGCCCGACCACUCGCACCAACACCAACUCGCCCUACGCGCGUGAGGAUGUGUUUGCUGAUGACUACGACGAGAGCACGGCCAGCGGCAGCGGCAGUCCUGACUGGGGCGCUCGCAGCGCCAGCCCUGCCACGAGCAUGGGGAGCCUUACACGAAGCACAAGCAACCUGGGCAUCAAGAAGGCACCUCCUCCUCCCCCGCCCUGCCGCAGCAAGAAGCCGGCACCUCCCAUCCCUCCUAAGCGCGCCUCUGAGGUGGGCUACUAG